AUGAUCGACGCCAAUGAUGUAGAGCCGCCAAAGAAGAAGGAGGUUUUGCCAUUGUUAGAGGUCAUGGCAUGUGUUGUUGCCAGCCUGAGGAGAUGUUGUCGCCAUUCACGUGGUGCCCCGCUACCUUCCAUGAGGAUUUCAUUUUCAGCCGUCAAACUGCCGCAACCGCCGCCGCCGCUCUUAACUUUUCCGGCGGGAAUCACCAUGGACCCAUUCAUUAACCCUCCUUGGUGGCGCAAGGAAAAGGUUAUUGUAGUUAUGGGAUCAACCGGCACCGGAAAAUCGAAGCUAUCAAUUGACAUCGCCCGCCGUUUUCCGGCGGAAGUUGUGAAUUCAGACAAAAUACAAAUUUUCAGAGGUUUGGAGAUUGUUACUAACAAGGUUACGGAAGAUGAGUGUUGCGGCGUGCCCCAUCACUUAAUGGGUAUUGCAGAUUCCGACGAAGAUUUCACCUCGGAUGACUUUUGUCGACACGCGAAUGAUGCCUUGAGUUCGAUAGUUAAACGCGGGCGUGUCCCGAUCAUCGCUGGAGGUUCGAAUUCUUACAUUAAGGCGCUUGCGAAUGAUGAUUAUGAGUUUAGGUCGAAAUACGAGUGUUGUUUUCUAUGGGCGGAUGUUUCUUCUAAAGUUUUAAACUCGUUUUUGUCGGAAAGGGUCGAUAGGAUGGUGGAGAUUGGAUUGGUUGACGAGGUUAGAGGGAUUUUUAAUCCCACGGCUGAUUACAGCCGUGGGAUUAGACAGGCAAUCGGAGUGCCGGAAAUGGAUGAUUUCUUUAGAAUUGAGUGGGACCCGAAAGUGAGUUGUGAAGUUAAGGUUAAAAUACUAAGAAAGGCUAUUGAAAAAAUCAAGACCAAUACUUGUAAAUUAGCUAAACGCCAACAUAUGAACAUUAUAAGGCUUCAAACGCAACUUGAAUGGACGGUUCAUCGCCUAGACGCGACCGAGGCUUUUCAAAAACGAGGUAAUCCCGAUGGAUUCCAAGAGGCUUGGAAACGUCUAGUGACCGAACCUAGCAUUGAGAUUGUACGCGAUUUUCUAAGGGACGAUGGACAUGUUCUUAUCCCGCCAAUUAAUACCAAUCCAAGGAUGCCCUUCGCUACGAACGCAGUUGCCACGGUGACACGUUAAAAAAAACAUGGUUAG